GGCUCCUCUAGGACGCUAGUUUUCACUUCACUUCCCGAGGCCGGGAUCCUUCUACCGCGGUUGCCUCUUCAGACCCUCUUCUGCCCUCAAAAUCGUGUUCCGGUCCUUCCCACGCGGCCAGAAUCGUUCUGCGGUGUUCAUCUGCUGGUCGGCUUGCUCUUUUUCCUCGCGGAGGGAAGCCUUUCCAUCUGUACGGACACCUCUCUUGGAAGAUGGCCGCGCCCGCUGUGCCGUUUCCAGCGACUUCCUUGUGCAGGGUCUGAUGUUCCUGAGCUGGCCGUAGCUUACCACGUGUUUAUCUAAUGGGAACUUGAGCCUCUGAAAGCCAAAUCCGGGAGGGGGACGAGAUUGAAAGUGCAAGAAAUGGGGUGGCUUCAACAGAUCAGAGACGUGCUCACUAACGGGCAAAACGGCCGCGUUGCCGCCUGUAAGUCCAGUACUGCAAGAUGGAUGCCCCCACCAUCCGCGGCUGAGUGGGCGCCGACAUAUUCCCUCCCCUACGUACAAGCCGGAAGUCUUGGUGUCCGCGCUGGCAAAACAUUCUCAAACUCUCCCUUGUAGGCCGCCGUAGGCCGAGCUCGGAGGCUGGCAGGGUCCUGGACUGGGAAAAUUGGCGGAAGUGCAACCUCGCCGAAGGUCCGCUGGGUUCCGGGGAGACUCAGGAUCACAUCGGUCCUGCAGUCAUACGUGUACCUGAGCACACAGGUAGCUCCUGGAGCAAGAUAUAUCAGGUGAAGUGAGGAGGUUCCUGGACCUGGUAUCGCCAUUUGUGGAGACACCAUUGACUGGAGACUAAGAUUUCUAACCAGAAAUUUAGAGCAGUUCGAGAAGGAACUAAAGACACGGCCCCCCAAGUUACUGGCCAUCUCCCAAUAACAGAAGAAUAUGAUCAAGGCCCAGGAAUUGCUGAGACUGGAGGAUGUGGCUGUGGUCUUCACCCGGGACGAGUGGCAGCUCCUGGGCCCUGCUCAGAAGGACCUGUACCGGGACGUGAUGUUGGAGAACUACAGCAACUUGGUGUCAGUGGGGUGUCAAGCCAGCAAGUCAGGUGCCCUCUCCAAGUUGCUAGGAGGAGAACCAUGGACAGUGGAAGAUGAGAUCCACAGUCACAUUUGUUCAGAAAUCAAGAAAACUGAUGAUCAUCUACAGGUACAGUUGCAAAAUCAAAGAUGUCAGAAGAAAGUGGAACAAUGCCAUAAAUACAGUGCGUCCAGGAAUAUCAUUCAUCAGAGAACAAAUAACUUUCCUUUAAGACAAAAUCAUGAUGUAUUUGACUUACACAGGAAAAGACUGAAAUCAAAUUUAAGUUUAGUCAACUGUAACAGAAGCUAUGAAGUAGAGAGUCCUGUUGAGGUUAAUGGAGAUGGAAAAUCAUUCCUCCAUGCCAGGCACGAACAGUUUCAUACUGAAAUUAAAUUUAUCGAAUGUGGGAAUUCUGUAAAUACAAGUUCACAUCAGAUAUCCCAAAAGACAGAUAAGCCUCAUGUAUGCACUGAAUGUGGGAAGGCCUUCCUCAAGAAGUCUCGUCUCAUUGAUCAUCAAAGAGUGCAUACAGGAGAGAAACCUCAUGGAUGCAGUAUAUGUGGGAAAGCCUUCUCCAGAAAGUCCCGGCUCACUGAACAUCAGAAAACUCACAGAGGAGAGAGACGGUAUGAAUGUGCUGAGUGUGACAAAGCAUUCCGCUGGAAAUCACAGUUCAUUGCACAUCAGAAAAUUCACACAGGAGAGAAACCCUAUGUGUGCAGUGACUGUGGGAAAGGCUUCAUCAAGAGGUCUCGGCUCAUUAAUCAUCAGCGAGUUCAUACAGGAGAAAAACCUCACGCAUGCAGUCUGUGUGAGAAGGCAUUCUCCAGAAAGUCCAGGCUCAUUGAACAUCAGCGGACUCAUACAGGAGAGAAGCCCUAUGAAUGCACUGAGUGUGACAAGGCAUUCCGCUGGAAGUCACAGCUCAAUGCACAUCUGAAAACCCAUACAGGGGAGAAAUCCUAUAUAUGCAGCGAUUGUGGAAAAGGCUUUAUUCAGAAAGGCAAUCUCACUGUCCAUCAGCGAACUCAUACUGGAGAGAAGCCUUACACUUGCAACGAAUGUGGAAGAGGCUUCAUCCAGAAGGGCAAUCUCCUUAUACAUCGGCGUACUCACACUGGGGAGAAACCCUAUGUAUGCAAUGACUGUGGGAAAGGCUUCAGCCAGAAAACAUGCUUGAUCUCACAUCAGAGGUUCCACACAGGAAAGACUCCCUUUGUGUGUACUGAGUGUGGGAAAUCCUGCUCACACAAGUCAGGUCUCAUUAACCAUCAGAGAAUCCACACGGGAGAGAAGCCCUACAGGUGCGGUGACUGUGGGAAAGCUUUCAGAGAUAAGUCAUGCCUCAAUAGACAUCGGAGGACUCAUACAGGGGAGAGGCCCUAUGGGUGCUCUGAUUGUGGGAAAGCGUUCUCCCACCUGUCAUGCCUUGUAUAUCAUAAGGGAAUGCUGCAUGCAAGGGAGAAACAGGUUGAUUCAGUCAAGCUGGAAAAUAGUUUCUCAAAGAGUCACAGCUCAUCACAUACAGGUGAUCCCAUGCAGGAGAAGAGUCUUGUUAGCAUGAUGAGUAUGCAGAUGCCGUCUUUGGCAACUCAGACUUCAUUAGGCAACAGUGAGUUCCAAGCAGAUAAGAGUACAGCCAUUGUGGGACACUCAGAUGUCAGGUGUUCACCCUCAGCAGAGACUAGACCUUGCACCAGAGAGAAAUCUUACAAAUGCAGUGAAUGUGGUAGUGCUUUCAGUGAUCAGUUACAUCACAUUUUAUGUCACAAAAAACAGGAGUAAAUCAUCAUACAUUAAAGAAAAACCCUUGAGAAAUAUAGCUCAUUAUAUGGCUGACAAGUGUAUGCAGGGAGAAAAAUAGUAUGAAUGCAAGUUGAAUAAAUCUAUCGGUGAUCACAGAUCUGUGGGUUCAGCGUUGGUAGAAAUAUAAUGACCAUGGAGAAGUCCUUGCCCAAAAGCAAGAUCUCUGUAGGUGUCAGAAUUCAUGCAAGAGAAAAAGAGUUGGGAGACGCUUGAAGGCAGUGAAAGUGGCAGGGCUGCCAGUGGUACGUUCUGUAUCAUACCAGAGGAAAGCAGUAAUAAAACUGAACACUGAAACAUUUCAGUGAAAGCAUACUUGAAGCAAAGAAACCUGUGAAGAUGAAGAAUGGAGAUUUUUACCUCAAGUCUAAUAUUUCAUGAGAGAUAAUGCAUAAAGGGCAUUUUAGGACAGUGUACCUUGAAUCAAACAGUUAACAUGUCAGUGACUUCUUCAUUAAAAGGAGGUGAUCUGUGUUAGUUAUAGUGCACCUUAUCUCCCUUUCUGGUUCAUGUCUUCUAUUUCCACCCACGAUCAUUAUGAUUAGUUCUUACCUUUUUUUGGUUCUAAGAAAUGAAGUCUUUCAAAAAGAAACAACAUAUUUAAUUCAGAAAGGGAAUACAGCCUGUUCCAUAGGUUUAAAAUUUAAAUACCACCCCAAGGGAAUGAACCACACGAAUAACUAGCCUCACUCUGAACCCUGGAGGUAGUUCUUAUCCUAACCCUGUAGUUUGUCUCAUUGGUAAACACACCACACAGGAAAAUGCUUACUGUUUACUUUUCCUGGUGCUGCUGUAGAAAUGAGGUGAUAGCAGUGAUGAAGGAAACAAAAGCCCUGGCUGUGUUUAUACUGGGGAUCGCACCCCAGGAUGCUCUACCACUGAGCCGCAUCCCUACCCUUUUUCAUUUUGAGAGAGGAUCUUGCUAAAUUCACAAGGCUGGCUUUGAAUUUAUAAUCCUGCCUCAGCCUUGGGUCACUGGGAUUACAGACAAUGCCACCAUGCCUGUCAUCUAGGUGGUUUUGAAUGGGCAUUUCUUUUUGGUUGGGUCAUGUGCACAUAGCAUUUUAUCUUCCAGUGCAUGUGGUCAGGUUGUAAAUGCCUAACUAGUUAAAAAUGCACAGAGUUGGAGGACAGAUGAUUAACUCAAUUAUACUCACAUGAAGCAUAAAUUCCUUUAUAGAUAAUUGUAUUUUCCCAGUACAUAACAAAAUAGAGAUUAAUUGUAGAUUUGGAAGGUGAAGGUGCAUGAAUGACUUAAUUGACUCAUCGAAAUGUCAUGGAAGGAAGCACUAGUGGGGAAAUUCUAAGGAUUAGUACUUGCCCCACAAACUUAAAAAAUAAAAAUCUUAAUUGUGACUUGCAUCUGGCAUAAUAUGAAAGGGGCAGACCAUAGAAUCCACAGAAUAAAGGGGCUGGGAGUGUAGCUCAGUGGUAGGACACAUGUUUUGCAUGAACAAGGUCCUGAGUCCAAUUCUAGUACCUCUCACCAAGUCACAGGAUGUGCCCAAUUAAAAAAUAAAAAAAUCAUGCAAACAGGAUAGCAGUAUGUGAGAUGGGUCAAAGUAAGACUAUUUGGAUAUCUUGGAGACGAAUCAUUUGUCCAGAGGUCUCAACCUAGAGAGUUGCCAUGAUUUCGCAGGUUUUGGCUUCUCUGUGACAUGGCAAAUGAGAAAUGUGAUUUAUAUUUGUUCCUCCUUACUCUGGAGAAGGGGACCCUUGACAUGUCACCCAUACUCAGUUCAUUUUUUAUCUAAUAAAGACUAUCCAGGUUAGAAAGUCCUUUUUGUAAGGAAGGGGUGGGAAUUUGACAUAAAAUUGCCUCACAGUAGAAUCCCACACUGGGAGCUUUGAUAAUCCUUUACAAAUAUUUGGGGAGCACCCAUGUCAGGCACUACUGUAGACACUAGUUUAGCUGGUGAACAAAAUGUGCAAAGUAAUAGCCUGUAGCUGCAUUCAGGACAGGUGCUCAACAGCAAAGAGAAACGCCUCAGCCCACACUUCAGCUGGUCUUCGCUUACUGUCAUGAAUCUGCACUUCCCAUGGUGACAAGUUGGGGCACCUAACUCCCGGCGCUCUUCAGUCAGGGCCCAGAAUGAAUGGAGAAUGAAUGGGCUGCUCAGGCCUCCCUUGAGAACCAGGUGGGGAGUUCCCAUCAGAGGCUGGCAUCCCAGAGAAAGUGAGACAAUGGCAGUGCCAACUUAAAUCCCUUUUGGCUUCACCAUUCACCAGGCCAUGGCUAACAUGAAGCCUGCCGUGUCCCAAAGGGAAACUGUAUUAACUGCUUAAUACUUUCCUGUGCUCCAUUUCCAACUUCAUGUGUGGUAGGGUAAAUGACCGAUUGCGUGUGACUUCUCAUCCCUUUCUUCUCCCAAGUAACCACAUGCUCUUUGGUUGUGCUUGGCCACUGGUCUUCACCGACUGCCCUACGUUGGACCUCUGUAUGAUUCUCUCCAUUCCCUGAUGAGACAGGCAAAAUGUCAGGGGCUUUGGCCCACUCGGACCACUGCCUCUGUGCCCCGCAUCGGCCACCCCGCCAUGCACAGACCUUGCUGGCCCUCCAGGGGCACGUCCAAGCUGGAGGCCCCCCCAAGUACUCGCGGAUCUCUCCCAGGAGACUAUUUGCCGAGUGGAAAACGGACACGCCCUAGGAUGACCUCGCCGCCAAGUGUGCGGGAGGGCGCGGCCCUAGUUCGGACGCCUCCGGGGGACCCCCGCGGGGACCUGUGCUAUGGGCGCGGCUUCCGGGGGGUCGUUGCUGGAGCCGCAGGGACCGGGGUUGGGAAGGCCCGGGCGUGGCUUGGGAGCGGAGGGCCACGGACGUCUGGUUUGGUGCUGGGCCAGGCGGUCAGUGGUUAGAGGUGUCGGGGAGGCUAAGGCCCGAGACCGGCGGUCAGGGCUGUGGUGGUCGAGGCUGUGGUGGUCGAGGGACCCCGGCGGCACGGAGGGAGGCGGUGAUGCAGAGGCGUCCUUGUCUGGCCCCGGUGCCUGUGCGCUCCGGCGGCGGGAGCUGCGGGCUGGGCUGCUGGGCUCCUGGGCCCGGGGCUGAGGCUCAGGGUUGGAUGCUGGGAAGGCCGUGCUGAGGCCACGUCUACCGCCGCUGCAUGUCGGGUUCAGUUCUUCAGGUCCGAGUUCGCCCUCGCCACAACAGUAAAGCGCUUGGCAUCCUCACCAUGGCACACUGGUAAGGUAACUACCAAAGACACUUUUUGUUGUUACUGUUGUUUUGACUAUAUCCUCCAGGAACCAGUGAGAAGAAAUCAACCAAAGAGACAAAAUGAGCCUUUUCUCCCCCCCAGGAUCUAGGCUUUCCCCUCUACCAAGGGAUGGAUGCUGUUACUGGCAGAGUGAGGGAUUAGUGUUUUAAGGACUUUAAAAUGGGACCAGUUCAGAUGUGGCCUCUGUUCAGGUACAGCGUGUAGAAUGUGAACAAGUUCAGUUCCUUAUUUGGUUCAGAAACACAUCUGCUUCUAGAGACAUCUGUGUGGUCCACUGCCGCACUGCAAAGUGCCCAAAUGAUUGCUGCCUCUCCUCUUUCCUUUCUUUAGAAAUAUAAAGACUGUGUCCACAGAUAGUCAGAGGUUGGACACUGAGAAUAGGUGUUUUCCCCUAAACAAGAUGAAAAUUAACUUGAUACUACAGAUGGAAGAAAAGGAAUGAAUUUUAGAAGUAGACUAUCACGAAUUUCGAAUUUCAAAACUAUCACAGAUGCACUGAAAUGAAAAUGCUGCAGACUUGACAUUCUGACUUGCCUCUUCAAUACACGUUUUCAAACAAGUUAUUCACUUAUUUUUCUGACUAGUAUAGUCAAUAUGUGGUUACCCUUAGUGGGCUUUUCCAAACCAAAAGUCGUAAUAUUUGCAUGACUAAAAUAUUGGUUCUUUGCUGCAAUCUUUCAUCUUUGCAUUUUACCUUCUGUGGUGCUGGUGGUUGAAUCCAGGGCCUCAUUAAUGCUCGUCAAGCACUGGGGAGCUAACUCCCCAGACAUUUGUGUGUGUGUGUAUGUAUGUGUGUUUGUUUUCCUGGUACUGGGGAUUGAACCCAGAGUUGCUUUACCCACUGAGCCACAUCCCUAGUCCUUUUUAUUUACUUAAUUUAUAAUUUUGAUACAUCUCAGUAGGUUACUGAGUGCCUGGUUCUACAGGUGUGUGUCAUUGUGCAGGCCUGGCUGACUGCACUCUUUGAACAUGAUUUCAUAGUUUCUUUAAUCAUAAAAUAU